UUUCAGGCCAAACUGAACUAUUACUGUAGAGAGAAGUAUUACAGUCAUAUGGAAAGUGUGGCGUCGGAAAGUUUACAGAAAUACGGAAAUGAUCCAGUCUUGAAAUUCUUUAUAGCUUAUUCUAAAAUUCUACAAGGGAGGUAUCAGGAGGGUAUAAGAGAACUGGAUGUAUUAAAAGAUAAACGUGACGUCAAUAUCUGUUCCUUAAUGGCCUUGAUAUACGCUCAUAAAGUCCAGCAGACUGUUGAUCGAGAGGCUGUACAGGAAUUAGAAGGAAGAUUGAAGGAUGAAAGAAAACAAGCUGGAGAAGUAGGUUUAUAUUUUGCUGGUUUGUUUAUGUUCCACGCUGGUAAACCUGAUAAAGCCAGAGAAUAUAUUGACAGAACAUUGAAACAAAAUGCUGAGUUUAAAAUGGCGUUAGUUCUAAAAGGUUGGAUUGAGUUGAUGAGUGGACGAGAAGCCAAGAAAUCAAUCAAAUAUUUUGAAGAUGCUAUGAGCCUCGAUGGAUCUAAAGAUAUCGAUGCUCUCUUUGGAAAAUCUAAAUUUAUGGAGAACCGAAGAAAUUAUAGUGGUGCUCUAGAAAUAGUGAACCAGAUUGUUGUGUCGUUUCCAAACUUCACUCCUGCCUUAGUGGAGAAGAUGAGACUACAGUUGGCCUUACAAGAUUGGGAACAGACCAUCGAGACCGCUCAAAGAGCUAUUGAUCAAGAUUUUCACUGUAUAGAAGCUAUCAAAUAUCAAGCAUUAUCUUACAUGUGUCGAGAGGGACAGUUUGAAAAGGCGAGUACUAAGAUAGGUGAUUUGAUAACAUCUAUUGAUAGAUUUGAGUCGCAUAACGCCCACCUGUAUUGUCAUAUGGCUCAGAUAUUCAGUCGGCUGUGUGGACGUAAUGGUCUGAUAUUACAACAGACGUACACUCUAAUAGAGAGAGCCGUUAGUAUUGAUGGUGAUAACUCACAGUUUGUUAACGAACUAGGCUAUCAGUUAUUAUUACAAGGCAAAGUGAGGGAUGCUUUACGUUGCUAUAGAAACGCUAUGAAAAUGGAUGAAAGCAGUGUUCCUUCUCUAACAGGGAUAAUUCAGUGUCAACUGAUAGAGAACCAACUAGAUGACGCUUCACAGCAACUAGAAUUCCUGAAUGAGAUACAGCAAACCAUUGGUCGCUCAGCUGAACUAUCUUAUUUGACCGCCAUGAUGGCACAGAAGAAAAAUAAGUCUCCAGAAAAAAUUAUAGAAUAUUUAAAUGAUUGUAUUGAAGUACAUUUUGCUGGAUUGAAGGGUCUACCAUUAGGAGUCCAGUAUUUCUGUCUCAUGAAUCCUGAUUUUUUACUCCAAGUUAUGAAGACGUAUCUACAGUAUGCACCUCAACCUGUCCCUGCUGGCCAGCCACCUAAUCCUGUAUUAAAGAGGUGUCAACAAGUCCUAGAUCCACUAACCCGAGCCGUACCUGGUCUGAUGGAAGCUGUUUAUCUUUUGGCUAAAGUCAGGUUUUUAUCUGGAGAUAUUGAAAAUGCCCAGACGACAUUACAACAUUGUUUAGAACAAGACGCUACGUUUUCUGAUGCUCAUAUCUUGAUGGCACAGAUUCAUUCAAGUCAGAAUAAUUUUAAGCUAGCAAACCAAUCUCUAGAGGUUGGACUAAGUUAUAAUUUCGAGGUUCGGGACCAUCCAUUAUAUCACCUGAUUAAAGCCAGAAUAUUGAAAAAACAGGGAUCUUUGACAGAAGCUGUUCAAACUUUACAAAUGGCCAUGGCCUUACCUGGAAUCAAAAAGACAGGAAGUGCUACGAUGAAGAAAGGUAAAGAAAUUGGUGUCAAUGAUAGGGUGUCAGUAUUUCUGGAAUUAGCUGAGGCUCAUCGACUUGUUGGUGAACAGCAUGAAGCUGCCAAGAUCAUGCAGGACGCCAUCAACGAGUUUAACGGUACCCCAGAGGAAGUGAGGAUAUCUAUCGCUAAUUCUGAUUUAGCUCUAGCCAGAAAUGAUAUUGAGAUGGCUCUCGGAAUGUUACGUAAUAUCACACCAGAUCAACCUUAUUUCGUUCAAGCUCGUGAAAAGAUGGCUGAUAUUUAUUUAAAUCAUCGAAAAGAUAAACGUCUUUAUGCUGGGUGUUACAGAGAGCUAGUAGAUAAGUACCCAAGUCCUCAUACAAGUUUGUUAUUAGGGGAUGCUUACAUGAGUAUUCAAGAGCCUGAGAAAGCUAUAGAAGUAUAUGAAGCUGCUCUGAGGAAGAACCCCAAGGAUGCUGGACUGGCUAGUAAGAUAGGUCAAGCUUUAGUCAAAACUCAUAAUUACGGCAAGGCUAUAAGUUACUAUGAGGCUGCCUUGAAGGCUGGUGGACAAGCGUUUUUACGAUUUGAUUUAGCUGAGUUAUUACUAAGGUUACGACAGUAUGAUAAGGCUGAGAAAGUAUUAAAACAAGCUUUAGAAUCAGAAGGACAAGGUGAGAUUGAGACUCUGAUGGAAAAUACGAAAUAUCUGACGUUAUUAGCUAAAGUUUAUCACAAACAAGAAAAGAUGGAGGAAGCUCUGGAGUCAUUAAACAAUGCUCGAGAUACUCAGGCUAGGGUUUUAAAAAGAGUACAGAUGGAACAACCAGAUGCCUACAACAAUCAAAAACAGCUAGCUUCAGAUAUUUGUAGACAACUAGCCCAGUAUUCAUCCAAUCAGCGUGAUUAUGAGAAAGCUAUAAGAUAUUAUAAAGAUGCACUAGUUUAUAAUGAUAAUGAUAGUAAGGUCAUGUUAGAUUUAGCAGGGCUGUAUUUAAUAACAGAAGAUCUUGAUGCCUGUCAACAUCAAUGUAUGACAUUGUUGAAGAGUGAUAAAGAUAAUGAUGCUGCUACUAUUAUGUUGGCUGAUCUGAUGUUUAGAAAGAAUGAGUUAGAUUCAGCAAUGUAUCAUUUUCAACAAUUGUUGCAGAUUCGACCAGAUAAUUACGAUGCUCUAGCUAGACUCGUGGAUCUGCUGAGACGUGCUGGAAAAUUAGAACAAGUGCCCGAGUUCCUGGAGGCUGCCCAAAAAGCAUCGUCAAGAUCAACCAUGGAUGCUGGGUAUAGUUAUUGUAAGGGGUUGUUCGAAUGGUAUACUGGUAACCCGACGGAAGCCUUGAAGUUGUUUAAUAAAGCUCGACGUGAUUCUGACUGGGGAAAUCAAGCUGUUUAUAAUAUGAUAGAGAUUUGUUUAAACCCUGAUAAUAAUACUAUAGGUGGUGAGGUGUUUGAAUCAGUUGAUACUGAAUACAGUAACAGUGCUACAGAGAGAGAGAAACUGGAUAGUGAACAAAUGGCUGUCAGAACUGCAGAAAAACUUUUAAAGGAAUGUAAACCGAAGCCUGGUGAUAUCCGCCAUAAACUGUUAGAUAACAUGGCCAAGAUAGCUACCAAACAGAAACCCGCUGUGGAAAAAGCGCUGAAUGCUUUCAUGGAAAUAGCAUCUGCUGAGAGAGACCAUGUGGGAGCCUUAUAUGGUAUGGCAGCAGCCUAUAUGGUUUUAAAACAGACUCCUAGAGCUAGAAAUCAGUUGAAGAGGGUUGCCAAAAAUAAUUGGACUAUGCAGGAUGCAGAAGAUUUAGAGAAAAGUUGGUUAUUAUUGGCAGAUAUUUAUAUACAGUCUGGUAAAUUUGAUAUGGCAACAGAAUUAUUGAAGAAAUGUUUAUAUCAUAAUAAGGCGAGUUGUAAAGCGUAUGAAUAUCUGGGAUUUAUCAUGGAAAAAGAACAGUCGUAUAAAGAUGCUGCCAAUAGCUACGAGAAUGCCUGGAAAUAUGGAAACAAGAAUAAUCCUGUUAUUGGGUAUAAGUUAGCGUUUAAUUAUAUGAAGGCUAAGAGACAUGUUGAUGCUAUAGAUAUCUGCCAUCAUGUCCUUGAAAGUCACCCUAACUACCCCAAAAUACGUAAAGAUAUCCUGGACAAGGCUAGAGCUUGUAUUCGAAUAUAAACAAUCUUCAGUAACUUGGUGCAACACUCAAUUGGUCUUGCUACUGUUUUAUUGUGGACAUAAACAAAUAUAUAGUACAUUGUGCCUGUCAGAAACUAUAUUGUGUCAGGGGCUACAGACCACAACAAUGCAAUAUGAAAAAAAGAUAAGAUGGAAAAACCAUAGAGAAAAUCACGAAAUAGUUUAUAGAUUUAUAGUGGAUGGGGGUGAUACAAUUUAUCAAGGAUCUGGAAAGGGUAGAAGAAAAAGGUUGAAUAUCCUUGCUUUAGCUCUUCUUUGUCUAUGCUCAGCUGUGACAUAUUGUAUGCAGGAACAGUCUGGGAGUCAGAGACUACCAGGAAGUCCAUUGAUAUCUUGGACCACAUGGUUUAUGCAAAACAAGGACAGUUGACUAUAUUUUGAGCAGUGAAGUAGAAUGUAAAACUCAUUUUCGUGUCUUUGAUUUGCUGAUUUAGUUUUAUGAGCAGUCAUGAACUAGAUUCACUUUAAAGGUAUACUACCUCCUAGAAUUACCAACAGAUUUCUCAACUUGGUUCAAAUGAGUCUUUGUUCAUGAGUGGUUAUACCUGGUGUUAUAACUAUACAACAGAAUCUCUCUAUAGUCUAAUAAAUCUAUAAAACUAAGUAAUAAUUCAUUAAACUAAGUAAUUUUAAAACAUUCUUAGUAAUAAGUUUAGUUUUAUAGAUAUAUCCUGUUAUAUAAAGAUUCUAUUCUUUAGUCAUGACACCUGGUAAGUCUAACUGAUGAAUAUAUACACUUAGCGACCAAGUUUGAGACUUUAAAAUUUAUGUCCAUUCUAAGAGGUAGUAUCCCUUUAAAUAUGUCCAUUUUGUUUUUAUUGUGUAUUUUAUUUAUUCCGUCCUAUUUAUUGUUAAUUGUCAUAUUCUAAAUUAUUUAAUUAAAACUUGAAACAGAAACACCACGAAAAAAA